AUGAAGACAAUAAGCAAACAUACGACGAACCAAAUUGAAUUCAAAAUCUGGCAAUUUCUAGCGUUGAUCAUUGCUGCUAGUGCUUGUGUAAUUGCUCUCGGGCCGUUGACUCUUCAAUAUCGAUCAACGAAAUGCGAUGUUAUCUACAUCGAGAAAGUCGUUACGCCUCCAAAAUCGAAUACUUCUCAAACAACAUCCAAUUCUCAUCGAAGAUAUGUUCGUGAUAUCAAUCGACAAGAACAAUGCCCAGCAAUUCCACCCAUGUGUAGUGCCACGUCGACCGUACCAACAAUACCAACUGCUUCACCAGUGUCAACUACUAGAUCUACGCCAAGCACGCCUAAAGUAACACGUCCAGUGAUCACGACUUACCCAACAACACAACGAACAACAACACCAGAUCCAUGGGCAAACACCACUCGGCCAUAUUCAUCGUGGCGUUUACCACCAUUUGCAACACCUACCGACUAUACAUUGAAUAUCGCUUGUCCGGAUUGCUUUGCGCUUUUUUCUAACUUAACAUCGAUCACAUUCACCGGUCGAGUGACAAUCAGUAUCAAUCUAAGUCAACAAACAAAUUUCUUGGUUCUUCAUUCCAAAAAUUUGAAUAUUACCGAAGCGAAAUUAACAGGUGCCGGCUCUAACGCAGCAACAGUUACGUAUUUGUCAGACACGGAUAUGGUUUACUUGCUGUUCCCUGCACAAAUUCCAGUGGGUUCGAUUACUUUGGAAAUUACUUAUACGGGAAAAAUCAACGAACGAGAUCAAACCGGAUUCUAUCGCGAACUGUUCUGGAAAUCAGUUGGUGAAAUAAGCUAUUUAUUAGCUUCCAAUUUCCAUCCAAUUCAUGCUCGACAAGCUUUUCCAUGCUUCGAUGAACCGAGUAUGCAAGCAAGUUUCACCUUGACACUUGAGCAUCCCAAUACCACCGUUGCACUAUCGAAUCUUCCCACACAAGCAACUUCUGGGACGGUGACAACAUUUGCCAAAACAGAUCUGAUGAGUACUUAUUCCUUAGCCUGGGCUAUUCUGCCUAUUGAUGAAUUUCCAGUGGUCACGCAAAUGAUUCAAGGUGUUACAGUCAAUGUUCGUGUUCGGCCAGAAUUACUCGGCGCAUCCAAUGCAAACCUGGAUUGGACAUUCGAUGUCGUUAAUAAAACAUUUCAAUUCAUUCAAGAGUAUACAAAUGUGACAACCACGGACUUUAUAACUAAACUUGAUUUGAUUGGCGUACCCGAUUUGAUUCUUGAUGAAAAAGCUUCGGCAUCAUGGGGUUUAAUAACAUUCCGUGAAGAACUUCUCACCACAGAUGUGAGCUUGAAUUCGGCAGAACGACAACAAACAACCACGAAAAUUCUUGUUGAACAUCUUUUACAACCUUGGUUUUCAUCUGCAGAUUGGUGGGACAACAUUUGGUUUGGUAAAUCUCUCUCGAUAUUUCUCGCAUACAAAGCGAUCGAUGCAAAGUAUCCCGAUUUUCAAUUAAUGGACCAAUUUCCCAUUCGUGAAAUGAUGCCAUUGAUGAUGGAUGAUUUCAAACCAAGUACCUGGCCUGUUUCUGAGCAGAAUUUAACAAAUAAUGAGCAAAUUCUUGAUUAUUUAUCGACACAUAUCUAUAGCAAAGGUGCUUCACUUCUUCGUUUACUCGAACAUAUCUGCGAAGCUGAUGUGUUUCAAACAGCUGUUACGAGCCUUCUCUCUGUAUCAAGUGUGUCGGACAUUUUGCCAACAUUCUAUUCGAAUUUUAAUCUGAGUUCAACAGUAAAUACGAAUGUUACUGCUGAAGAAUUUCUUCGUUCUUGGUUGGAAGAACGAAAUUAUCCGAUUUUAACCGUCGACGUCAUUCCCAAUAAUGUCACAGAUAAAAACACGACUUUGAUUUUCCGUCAAGCACGAUAUUUUGGUUCAGCAGAAUUAGAUUCCGGUUCAUUGGAUAUCAACUAUAAAUGGAAAAUGUUUGUUGAAUGUGAUCUCGGUGGUUCGAAUGAAAAUGAUAAUUUCAAUUUAACAACUGAUGUGGAUAAAUCAAAAAUCAAAUUUAUCCUCGAAUCAUCAACAGAAGUCGUUCAAAUCUUAGACAAAGAAUAUCUCUGGAUUAAAUGUAAUAAAGAUUUCUAUUCAUACCAAGUUACUGAAUACGUCUUAGAGAACGAUGAUCCACACGGUAUUUGGCAACGUUUAGAAUUGUUGUUUAAAAAUGAUGAAAUCUUCUCUGGUAAUGAUCGUGCGAAUUUACUCAACGAUGCUUUUAUUCUUCCUCAUGGUGGUGAAAUUGUUACUUAUGAUCAAACGAUCAGUUUAGUUCGUUUUCUGUUUGACGAUCCAGCGGCAAAUUACUUACCUUGGUCAGUGUUUGUUUGGCAUUGGAAUUAUCUGAUGGGCGUGGAAGAACAUUCCUCAUUCUUCUGGAAUUUUAAAUUGUUUGCAACUCAUCAAACAUUAGCACCAUUCGGUAGUGAUAUCAACAACAUCGUUACUCUUGGAACAACACACCAAGACAAAUUGAUCAAGUCAAUGCUGUUCGAGUUACUCUGUCGUGUUCAAAAUCCAGAUGCAUUGUACAAAGCAUCCGAACUCUUUCACCGCAUUCCAGAAAGCUAUUUCAUGAAUUCUACUGGUGUUGUCAAUGUUGAUCCCAAUUUGCUCGCAACGGUCAUCUAUUAUCAUAUACAGAAUACCAACGAUGUGGAUGAUUGGGAUAACCUUUGGUAUUAUUUUACGGAAAAUGAAGCGACUACGAGCCAGCAACGAAGCACAAUCCUCCGAGCUCUUGGUGCUUCGAAAGAAACAUGGCGAUUGAAAAAGAUCUUGGAGCAAGGCUUUGAUACUAAAUCAAAUGUAAUUGAAACACAAGAGUUCUUUGAUUUAAUUAUCACCAUUAGUCAAAAUCCGGUUGGACGAGAUAUUGUUUGGAAUUUCUAUCGUCAUAAUUAUCGAGAUUUGCUGGCAACCUACGGUGAAACAAAUCGUUUAUUUAAUCAAUUGAUAACGAAUAUUGUACAAACAUUCGAGAAUGAAUACUAUUACUUUCAGAUGCAAAACUUUGUCAGCGAAUUUCCAAGUUCAUCGCAAUAUCAAAAACUAGCAAGUGAUCAAAUUAUAAUCAAUUUCCUCUGGUUGCUCGAUGGAAUGGCUGAGAGUCUUGACGGGGCCGUCUCAGCAGGUGAUCGAAUUGCCCGAAAAGACUAA